CUCGGCUCCCAUUGUAACCUUGUGUGUACUCUCCAGCAAGCUCUGGGUCAGGCAGAGCACAGUUGACAAGAAACUUAGCAGCUCCUAACACUUUGCCAGCAAUGCCAAACAGCCUGCGAGACUGAGAUUCCCUGAAUGCUAACCUGCAUCUGAUUCGGAACCCCAUCAAACAAAAUCUGGAGAUGCUUGGGACCUUCUGAAGGAGCCAGAAAGGUGAUAAUGAGUGCCCCCGCUGCUACUGGAGUUUUCAUUCUCUCUCUCACAGCCAUCCCUGCUACCUAUACCUUCAACUUCUUCUUUGCUUUCAAUAGCUCCUGGCCCGUUGCUGCAGGUGGUGCUGGGAUUCUGUUGGUGAUUGCGAUAUUAGCACGUCUACUGGUCAUUCAGAAGCCACCAAAAGACCCUUUAUUUUAUGUUUAUGCAGUGUUUGCAUUCACCAGCGUAAUUGGCCUUAUCAUAGGCCUUGAGCAGGAUGGCAUUAUUGAUGGAUUCAUGACUCAUUAUUUAAAAGAGAGUGAGCCUUACCUGAACACGGCCUAUGGGCACAUGAUCUGUUACUGGGAUGGCACUGCCCAUUACUUGAUGUAUCUCCUCAUGGUGGUAGCUAUUGCAUGGGAUCAAAACUACAGGACAAUUGGACUUUACUGGGUUGGUUCGAUUCUGAUGAGCACAAUAGUAUUUAUUCCUGGAAAUAUUGUGGGAAAGUAUGGGACACGAGUAUGUUCUGCUCUUCUCCUUAACUUACCAUAUCUUUGCCUUCCACUCUGGGCGGGAUUUAAAAUCUACAAGCAGCCGUCAGUUACCCCCAACUAUUCUUCCAAGGAGAUACAAAACAUUCAGCACAAAAGUAUAUAUCGAAGACCAUCUGAUUUGCUCUUAGCCCUGUACCUUAUUCUGGCAACUCUCUUUUGUAUAUUUAGAGGGAUGAUUGCUUUAGAUUGCCCCGCUGAUCCCUGUCGAUUCUAUAUUCAGCUCCAAGAGCCAUAUAUCAAAGAUCCUUCUGCCUACCCCAGGCUCCAGAUGCUGGUGCUCAUGUUUUACUGUGUGCCAUAUAAUCUUAUCCUGCUUUAUGGGCUCCUGGUCCCUGAAUGUACAUGGAUGCCAGACCUAUCCCUUAUAAGCGCCGGUGGAAUAGCUCAGGCACAGUUCUCCCACAUUGGGGCUUCUCUUCAUGCCAGGACUCCUUAUAUCUAUAGAGUUCCAGACGAGGCUAGGAUCUUCUUCUUCACGGCAAAUAUACUUUAUGGCCUUGGUUCUCAGCUGCUGGCCCACAGGUGUGUAAAUAAGCCGGAAUUCUUUCUGAAGGCAAAGUCAGGGGCCAAAGAUAAAUGAACACCUUGUGGUCUGUGCUGAACAACAUGCUAAAGCCUGAUGGACAUGGCAGAAGAUGAAAUUAGACAAAAAUUUGUAUAAAAGUGUACAGUACUAUAAUCUGUGACUGAUUUGGGACUAUAGGUAGGAAAAUUCAGAGAGCAUCUUACUAUGUGUGCGUUUUUAGGUGGAUGAAGCCCAGUUCAUUAACUAAAUAAAUGAUGAGAGUAAUAAGGCAAAACUUCCAAUACAUUGGCUUUACCCUAUGCACACGUACGUGCAUAUAGCCAUUUUCUGGGUAAAUACAUGCAACCAAGGGCUGUUAAUAGUGAAUCGCCAUAUUGAUUGUUUCAAUUUUUUCUCUAGUACUUCUGUUUGUAAUAAUAUAAUGCCACAUGAUGUGACUUCCUAUGGAUAUUUUUGUAUGCACUUGUUAAAAUAAAAAGUAAAUGUUG